ACUACGAUAUGGUGUGAAGUGUAACAGUCAGAUUUGGUAGAAUUUUUGUAAUUAAUAAUUACUAAUUAUGUAGUCAAAAUUCAUACAAUUAACAAUUUGUGGGAUGGUUGGAAUUUAUCGAAAUAUUUGAGGUUAAUGUUGAAAAAAUGGACGACUUGCUAAAUCCGUAAACCUACAAACUUUUACAAAUAUUUUAAAAUAAAAUUAACUCAUAAAUUUUUGUAAGUUUCCUCAGACUAAGGACGCCUGUUUAUUUUGUAACAGUUUGUCAAACUGUUUUAAAAUUUACGGAUUUUACAAAGUUAUCUGCCAAAGACUGCGUGACGUGAAUAGGUUCAAUAUAAAUACUUGAUUAUUUACAAGAUUUUACUAAAUUUUUACAUGAAUUUGGUCAUCAAAGUGUGGGAAGGUACUUACAUAAGUACCUGACGAGGAGCUUAUUAAAUAAUUGGUGAGAUUGCAUACAUAUGUAACAAUUAGAGGUACCCAGUAAAUUUGCAGACUUACAUAACAUUUUUUUGGUCAGACUUUCUCUUGUUUUCCUUGUACGCAAGCAAAUCUAUGACCUAAUAAUUAAUCAAUUUUGUUUGUUAGGUAGGUAACCUACCUGACAAAUAAAAUUUUUGCGAUGUGUAUUUAUUAAAGGAUGAAAUAUGUAUGUAAUAUGGUGUGAUCUUCCCUUUAUAAGAUCGUUAUGUCCGCCCCUGUUUGUUUCCUGGUCAGAUGACUCGUGACAAAGGCUCGAAACAGAAACUUGACACCUAACUUAUUUAGGUCUAGGGACAGACCUGGCUGGGAAAUAUGUAUGACAUCCAUGUCGCAAAGCUACGGCGCAAAGUCAUAGAUAAAGAUGUAUCCAACGGAAUAGAUCAUUCGACUUGAGGUGACACCGUGAACGUGUGGGCAAGACAAAAGAUCGCAAAUGUCGAAAGCACGUCCGACGUGUUUCACCUCUUGGUUACGUUCGUUGUACCGAUUGAUUUAAAACGUGAACAUGUCAUUUAUGUAUCUGCUCGAUAAAUGCUGUCCAUUCAUUUGUAUACAUUUUUGUCAUUGUAGAUGAAAUUCUACUGUGACUUUCAAUAUGUUUUUUUUUUACAUUUCCUUGACAUUUUCAGAGAGACAGGUAGUCAACAAUGGCUAAUUCAUACUCUGUACGCGUCUCGAAUGGGUGUAAAAGUUACCAGUUCGGAGUUCCUAUUUUGACCAAUUUAUCCAUGGAGGUGGAAACUGGGACGAUUUACGGAUUACUUGGAGCGAGUGGAUGCGGAAAGACGACGUUGCUUAAUUGCAUCCUAGGCCAGAAAAGGUUGGACUCUGGGUACAUUUCCGUGAUGGGGAAGGAUCCAGCGAAAUGUAUGGAUGACAUCGUCACCUCAAUCGGACAUAUGCCUCAGGAUAUCGCCCUGUACCCACUAAAAAUAUGUGAAAUAUUCGAAUAUUUCGGGAAAUUGAUGGGUCUGGCGAAACAUGAGAUCCUUGAGAGAGGAGAAGAAUUAAGAACCGUUUUGAAACUGGAGGAUCUAAAUCGUUACGUACAAACGUUAAGUGGCGGCCAGAAGCGGCGCGUCUCGUUGGCCGUGGCGUUGCUGCAUCAUCCCAAACUUUUGAUCCUUGAUGAGCCAACGACGGGAGUUGACCCUUUGUUAAGAGAGUCAAUUUGGCUGCACAUUGCUGGGCUUGUGUCCAUGGGAACAACCGUCAUUGUGACGACGCAUUACACGGAGGAAUGUCGAAAAUUUGACAAGAUAGGAAUUAUGCGGAGAGGUCGAAUUAUUGCGGAGGACAAUCCGCGCCAUCUCCUGGAACUGGGCGGAUCUCUGAUUUUAGAAGACGCACUAAAAUCCAUUUGCAAAAAGGACGAAGAAGACGGAAACGAAGGCUACAAUUUCCUGCCGACUGAAACCCUCUCAAAAUAUAAAUAUGGCGAAAUAGAACCACUUGAAGGAGGCAUUGAACCUCUGUCUUUUCGGUUACGACAGAAUUAUUCGUAUCGUCCGGAAAAUGUGGGGAAAUCUGAUUCAAAUAAAAUUGAGAAACAGCGUGAAAAAUCAAUUGGGGCAAAAAUAGUGGAGGAAUUUCGGAAAGUGAGCACCCUUACAAAAAGGAAUUUUCUGCUAAAUUACAGGGUGCCAAUGUACUUCGCAGUUGUCCUUUUACUUCCCGCUGUUAACACGCUUGUAGUCUACUACACGAUCGGCAGAGAUCCCGUUGGACAGGUGGUGUCAGUCUUUAAUGAAGAGGUGGAUUGUUUCGGCGGGAAUGCUAAUUUCCCGCACAUGAAGAAUAAUAACUCUUGGAGUUGCUUAUUCUUAAAGGAAAUUGGGCCCAAUAUAAUUCUGCAACCGCAACUCUCAAGGAAUGCCGCGAAAGCGACCGUCGAGUCGGGAAGUGCGAUUGGAUUUAUGCAUUUUCCCGCUAAUUUCACGAAACAUGCAAUAAACCGAUUUGCGUUCACAAGAUUCGCCACGGAGCAGGAUUUAGACGAAAGUACGGUCCAGGUCUCGUUAGACUUAUCGAACGUGAUCACUGCUAGCUAUGUAUCUGGCGAAAUUCUGAAGGGAUACCUGAGAUUUAUGGAAAAUCAUGUCAAUGUUGUCGGAGCUGACCCAAGGACGGUUGAAAUUCCACUUAAGUACAACUCAAAACAGGAUCCGAAUGAAUCUACGUGGCAGGAUUAUUUUCUCCCAUCAAAUAUCGUGUUGACGAACUUCGUAUUUUCCAUGAUUUGUGGACUUUCCUUCAUUCUGGAGAAAGAGGCUGGCACGUUGGAGCGAACCUUAGCGUCCCGGAGUUAGCAUCCGCCACGUGAGAAUGUCAUAUUUCAUUUCUGAAAUUGUGACGUCCCUUAUGCAGGUCGGGAUCGUGUUUGCGAUCCGUUUCUUCACGGCGGGGUAUAGCUUUAAAGGGCCGUUCGUCCUCUGUUUGGCCAUCGCUUUCUUGACCAGUCUCGUCAGUAUUGGAUUUGGUCUGCUAAUCGGGACGAUUUUCUCCAAGAGAUUAGAUGUUACUAUGGCGAGCUUGGGUGCCAUGAUAAUGACGUUGCAAACUAGCGGAAAUUUGUGGCCAUUGGAUAUGGUAAAUCCUUACUACCGUUGGGUUUGCGUGUAUCUCAACCCGAUCUCCCUGCCGAUGGAGGGGAUGCGUCGCGUGUGGAAUAGUGGGUGGGGUUUGGAACAUAGCGCCGUCCGGGCAGCAUUGCUGGCACCGAUCGUGUGGAUCUUCGUCCUUUCGAUGAUGUCCCGUGUUGUGAGGAAGAUACAGACAAAUAAGUGAAAAUUAUUGACAAUUUUUUAAAAGAAUUGUGCACGAAAUUGGUUCCUGGAAAUUUAGUUAGAAUAAGGUCUGAAAUAAAAAGGAAUAUUUUUGUAUGUAAUUUAA